AAUUGGUAACAAUGUUUAUGAAAUUAUGUAGCACACAAUAUAUGUUUUACUUGAAUAAGUAUUCGUACACCGGAAGCGCUUAUUCAGUUCCUCCGCCAUUUUCGGAAUUGAAGUGUGCGAUCCGUGCAUUUAAUUCCAGGAAGUAAUCGAGCAAGCAGCACAAUGGCUGAGAGUGAAGAGCAGGUGCAUGAAGUAGAAGAUGAGUCAAAGAUUGCCUACAAGCCUCCUGCAGUGAAGACCAUUGACGAAAUAGCAAGCAUAGACGAAAAUGAUGAGAGCUUGCGAUUGUACAAGGAGAAACUAUUGGGGAAUGUGGAAGAACGAGUAUUCUGGCCAGACAAUCCCAACAAAGUGAUUUUAAGGAAAAUGUCGGUACUAUUGGAGGGACGACCUGAUAAAGAAAUUGAUCUUCAAGACCCCAGCCAGCUUAAAGAUAUCAAGUUUGUUGUGAAGGAGGGAGCAAAGUAUCGUCUCAUGAUCACCUUUAAUGUGCAGCGAGAAAUUGUCUCAGGUCUAAGGUUUAGCAAUAAAAUUGCCAAAGGACCAUUUAAUUCAAAAGAUGAGUACAUGGUAGGCAGCUAUGGACCAAAAAAGGAGGUUUACGAGUACAAAUCUCCUGAAGAAGAGUUCCCCAGUGGAAUGCUGCAGCGUGGAGAGUUCAAAGUGAAAAGUGUGUUUACGGAUGACGAUAAAAAUGAAAUCCUCAGCUGGGAAUGGAAGCUGGAGAUCAAGAAAGACUGGAAAGAUUAAUAUGAGCAUUUAACAUCUUUUAUACACAGAUUUUCCAACAUUGUGAUUCCCCUUGGUGUGGAAGGAAUUUUGAAAGGUGAAUUAAUUUAGAUAAUGUUUGUUUUUGCAUUUGUUAAUUCCUAGAAACAAAAAAACUAUCUGUAUGAAAAAUGCUGCAUUUUAUAGAAAUUAAGUUCUUUAGAAGAUUGUGUUCAUAUGUGUCAUUUUUUUGAAAAACAAAAUAAUGUUGUAUGAAAGUUUGGAGAAAAUCUUAAUCAAACUUUGGGACAAUAUGGUGAAAAGCAAUAAUUUUAUACUCGUGACAUAUUUUUGUCUCAAUCUCAAAAGUUAGAUUGCUGUAACAUCAAGUGAACUUGUAGAAGUUGUUUCUUGUUCACUUAAGUUGUUUAAAUAUUUAAUAUUCUAAAUUACCUGGUUGUUGUAUUCUUUUGAAAGUGAUGCCACAUGAUAAGGAAGAUUUCUCUGUAAUUGUAGCUUCGUAAUAUUUUAGUAGCAAGAUUUGUCUUGGUAAUCAUUUUAUUGUUGAAUUUAAUGUAGUUUGUAUUUUAAGUGCGAGUUAUAUAGCUCAUAAUUAUGUAACCUGCUUUAUGUUGUAACGGUAUCUAUUAUUGUUAUUUUUGGUCUGAAAUACAAAUGUAUCUGUGGAGCAUGUUUAUAAAAUCACAUUCAGUAAUUUCAGCUAUUCCUGCCUUGCCUUAAUCGUGUUGAAAUUUGCUCAGUGUAUUUAGUGCAAAUGUAGGAAUUUUUUUUGGAACCCAUGAGCCUUUUUAAAUGACAACUAAGUGACUGCAAUACUUAGGAAAGUGUAUCUUCUAGUCGUUCUUAUGAUGAAUGCAUUUAAUUUUGAGAAGCAGGCAAAUUAAUAUCUAGCUUAACGGUUAUCAAAAGGUAUGUAUAUCUGGUUUUCCUGCUAUUUAAAAAAGGCCAUAAAACUGACCUGAUCCCAAAGCAAAUGGUCCCAAUUAAAAAAUAUUAAAAAGUGUCUCAUAUUAUAUCUCAAUUUUAUUUCAUAAACAUUUUAUUAAGUAUGUAUCUAUAAUUUAUAUGAUUUUGUUCUAAUUUGAAUAAUUAUAAAGAGUAUAUUAGAUUUUGCCUAAUCGGUGAACUUUUGCGCAAAAUGCAUCUUCUUUAAAAAAGGCCUGAUGUGUCAAAUGUCCAUAAAAAAUCCCAAUUUGGUCCAUUUGAUGCUAAAAAUUUCCCAAAUUUACCAUUUUAUCGUUUUAAAAAAUUCCAAUUUGACCAGACUCCUUUUUCAAAAAUGGCUAGGUAAACCCCUGUACAUCAGUGAUAGCCUGCUGAGAUAAAGAAAAUUUUCAAAUUCCUAAGACUUAAUUUAAUGCGGAAAUGACUACAAUUUUCACUGGAUAAUCAUAUUCAGUCAUUGUUGAGGUUUUUUUAUUUUCUGUUCAUGGUCAUUGGCUCGGAACUAGAUUUUUAUGUCAGAUCUCUAACAUAUAUGGUGGAUAGAAGUUUGUUUCAGACAAUUCUAGUUUGAAGUGCCAGAAAAAAUACAAAGUACUUACCUAUUGGGUAUCCAUUUUGGUUGGACUCAUUUGGUUACGAAUGCUAAUUCUUUGAUAAAAAAUUUUUUUGAUAAAACAUUCAUGUUAUUUAUAUUUUAUAAAAAUGAGACUCUUGGUUUUCUUGUUGAAAACCUUCAUAAGUGAUGGACAUUUUUUUUGUAUUGAUUUUAUGUUGUUUGCUUAAAAUAGAUAAAGUGCUACUGUUCAUUGGAUUGUUUUGACAUUUUUGACAAUUUUAAAUUUUAUCUUUGUUUCAAUGAAAAUGGUUUAUGUGCUAACUUAAAUUUAUUAUGUUUACAUUUAAUGCAUAAUAUCUGCCAUUUGCUGUUAUUGCAUUCAAGAAAGCAUUGGAAAUGAUUCAGAAUUUGUGUUUUUAAUGGCAUUGUCCCUUUUCGCAAUAAAUAUGAUGUUUUACAUUGUUAUUCGACUGUAUUCUGUUUCUGUCAAAAUGCAAAGCAGUAGCAUGUUGAUAAAAUGAUUCACAUCAGGAAUAUUAAUGUUGGGCCACAUUUUGUUUUGACAUUAGUGUGUCUUGAUGACAUUGUACAAUAAGGUGCUGGGGUAUGUCACCACUGUAAACAUACAAAUGAUAACCAAUUGUUAUGAUGUAUUUGCUACCUUUCAGUGGUCUUUGAGACAAUUUUCUCUUAUAUGGCCUGUCACUUUCUUUAUAUUUAUAUGUAAUAAAGCAUAUCUUUCCAACUUACAAAAUAUUUAUCGUGCUGUUCAUGUUUUCUAUGCAAAUAUAUAUGUUGUGAACUACAUGUAUUACGAUACAAAAUGCAGUGUUGAUAGUAUUGGGUUGCUUUACUGCUGUAUAAAAUUUACUAUUUGGUCAAAAUGCUGUUGAUUUAAGACGAGAAAAACUUCCUGUAAUCCUUUCGACAAUAAGUAUUUGCAUCCUUUUUGUUAAGUUUAUGACUGCAAAAACGCUGACUGGUGAUAAAUAGCAACUACCGGCGUGAUUGCGUAACAUCCUUAUCAAGAUGAUUUUGUGUAUAUCUCAACAUUAUUUGUACGGAGGAAAAAAACUUUGAGCUCUAAAUAUA